UAUCCUUGCACAUAUGCUUUCAGUUUCAUUUCUCAUAUAAAAGGCAACAAGGAAAGUUAAUCAGCCCAGCUUUAGGGCUGUUCACAUUAACUAGAACCUUGGCAUCUGGUGGCUCCAUUUUGAAGAGGCGAGAGGGGAAACACUGAUUUUUAAUGGGAACAAAGGCUGACCAGGAGCAACACAAUAAGAAAAAAAAGACCUGAGCCUGAACACCAGCAGGACGGACCUGAACCACAGUCUCUUGGAGCUCUGACUUGAGAGAACCCUUCCCUUGAAUGAAAAAUAUGGCCACCAAAUACCCAAACCACAGAAGAAGAUGCUCAAAGGGGCCAGAAGUCCGAAUUGUGCUUGUGGGGAAAACAGGGGCUGGGAAAAGUGAAACUGGAAACACCAUCCUGGGCAGGAGAGAGUUUGAGUCCAAGUGCUCAGGAGGGUCAGUCACCAAGGUCUGCAGGAAAGCCUGGACCAGUAGGAAUGGAAGGAGCAUCUCUGUUGUUGAUACUCCAGGCAUUUUUGAGACUGACGCCACAGAAGAAGAAACCAUGCUUGAAAUAGUUCGUUUCAUAACAUUAUCCUCUCCAGGGCCACACGCUAUCCUACUGGUAUUGAAAGUGGAUCGUUUCACCAGUGAAGAGAAGGAAGCCAUUGAAAGGAUUUUUAAGAUUCUAGGAGAAGAAGCAGUGAAGUUUUUGAUCAUCCUAUUCACUGGGAAAGACAGACUAGAAGAACAAAGCAUAGGAGAGUUCAUAGGAACUAUUCAAGACCCAUAUUUCAAGGAGUUGUUGAAGAAGUGUGAAUACCGAUACCAUGCAUUUGACAAUAAGGCCAACGAAGCCCAGAAGGUUACCCAGGUUUCAGAGCUGAUGACCAUGAUUCUGAACAUGGUGCAAUAUAAUGGGAACACCCACUACACCAACAAAAGUUAUGAAUCUGUGGAAGAGUUCAUCCAGAAAGGCACAGAGAUAAGUCAGCAACAUUACAAGGAGCAGUUUGAGAAAAAAAUGAAAGAAAUCAGACAGAAGUAUGAGGAAGAAAUUAAAAAGUUGGAAAAGAAAAGGAAAGAGUUGGAGAAGAAAAUGGAAAACCAGGCAAUAGAAAUUAAAGAGUAUAAAAAGGAAAAGGAAGAAUAUGAGAAGCAAAAGCUGAACUUGAUUGAUAAGAAGAAUAAAGAGUCAAAAGAAGAAGAGGCUAAGUACAAGAGAGAUUAUCUUGGUGCCCGAGCAGAGGUUGAAAAUUCUCAGAGUACCCUUCUUGAAGUUAUGAAGUUCAUUUUGCCCUUUGCUAUAACAUGUCUUGUAAGAGUAUUUCUCAAGAAAAUCUUCUGACAAGCAGAAUUAUUGCAUAUUUAGUUUUUUUCUUUCAGGCGCAUUCAUAAAUGUGUAAAUUCAUAAAUGAAGAAUGUAGAGUCCAGUGGUAGAAAACUUUCACAAAGCAUUUUUUUCUUGAUCCUCUUUUUUCUAAUCAGAUAGCAAGUCUUUUCUAGUAUUAUUUUAUCAUAAACCUAUACCCACGCAAGAAAUUUGAGUGGGGAAAAAAGAUGCAAAAUUAAAAGCCUGAGAAUUUAAGAUUAACUAGAAGGAGCAGAAAAAAAAUUUUUUAAAGAUAAACUAUACAAAUAUUGGAGGAAUGGUUCAUUGAAUUUUGGGAAAGUUUCAUGUAUAAACUACCCCUUAAUUUUUAAAGUACUCUUUACAGAUCUAGAGUCUCUGUUAGUUUGGGAAUAUAAAAAUGUAUUUUGUUUACAUUGGUUUGUUCCCAAAAAUAUGUUUCAUAUACUUGGAGAUGUGAAGCCCUCCCCAAAAAGCAGAAAAAUUUAGGAGACCAAAUAACUUACCUUGUCCCCAUGGGAGGGGGAGGAGGCGGAAUUGUUCUCUUUUUUACCCCCGACUUUUUUUUUCCCUGUCCUAUACUUUGCCCUGAAAUUUUCAAAUGUUUUCUCCCAUCUUUCCUAACUAGAAUAAAAGAAAUUAUUCCAUUCUUGGAUGAAAGUCAAAGAAGGUAUUGAUGGUUUUAUUUUGUCACACACACUCUCCCCCAGACUCAUUCAACAAAGUUUAGUGACUUUUUAUUUCUUCUAGGAUCCAAUAUAAAAUCCUGGGUUUGGGUUGUAAAGUGUUUCAUAACAUGAUCCCUUCCUAUCUUUUCAGGAACCUUCCAUCAUACUCCAUGCACUCAGCAAUCCAGUGACAAUUCCUUUUGUCCUUAGCUUUUUCACUGGCUUGGUCCAUAUUUGGAAUUCUCUUUCUCAUUUCAGCCCCCAGGCUUUUCUGGCUUCCUCUACAUUUCUCCAAAGGUGCUAAAAUCCCACCUUUUGUAAAAAACCUUUUUGUAAGAAGCCUUUACCUAUGUGGUACCAAGAAAUAUGUUUUAGUUUAGUUUUGCUGUUUUAUUUAGAAGAUGCCACAAGCCUUUCACCUCUAGUUUCUCCCAAAAUUUGUUCAGUUAUCUGUUUUCCCUUUUGUUUAUCUUUCUGUUAGACUUAUCCAAAACUGAGAGAGAUAUUAAAUUCUCCUGUUACAUAUGUAUUACUGUCUAAUGUAGACCAAAAUUUCUUGUAGACCAAAUGUUUGUUUCCUUUAUGAAUUUGAGUGUUAACAUAAAGACAAUAUGAGUUUGCUGUU